CUAAGAUCUUAUUUUGACAUUGCAUCAACUUGAUGAAAAAACAUUAUUCACAGCGUAAUAUUUUCUAUAAAAAAACUUUCAUACUCUGACAGAAAUGGCUGAAGGCCAAAUCCCGUUCGAAUCAAAAAUACUAUGCAGGUACUAUGUUCAUGGGGCCUGUAGGAAAGGAGACAAUUGCAAUUACUCCCAUGAUCGUCACAAUCCGGUAGACAAUGUUUGCAAGUACUACAUCCGUGGAUCCUGUACAUUUGGGGAUAGAUGCAGAUAUGAUCAUAUAAAGCCAAGGUCCAACUUCCAACCAGAAAGUCAGAAGAAAAGCACACCAUUGAAACCCGUGCCUCAGAAAUCCCAUGUGCCACCCCCUGUUUCCAGUUCCGAACCUAUUACAAGUGGAAUGGUCUCCCUCAAGAAGGCCUUAAAUAAGGAGCCCAGCACACCCACCACUCCAAAGCCCCCUGAAGAAUGGGUAAAGGCUUCCGAAUUUGUUCCUGGCCAGCCGUUUCAGUGUUCAUCCAUUCCAAACUCCUAUGCUCACGCUGCAGCAAACAAUCUUGAAAAUACCGAGCCCUCCCUUAGUUUUGAUGAAGUUCCGGUAGUAAGUUCAGGUCAAUUGCUGUGCCCGUUUUCUGCUGAUCGUGAAUGCCCGUAUGGUGACGAGUGCGAAUAUCGUCAUGGCGACGUGUGUGACCUUUGUGGGCUUGCUGUUUUGUUGCCAGGAGACGAGAAACAAAACUUGGAGCAUAGACAAGAAUGUUUACAGCAGCAUGAGAGAGACAUGGAGCUAUCAUUCGCAAUUGCGCGCAGUAAAGACAAGCAGUGUGGAGUCUGUAUGGACAUAGUGUUGGAAAAACAGCCAACAGCCGAGCAGAGAUUUGGUAUUCUCUCCGAUUGCUCCCACUGCUUCUGUCUCGCAUGUAUUCGAAAAUGGAGGGCAUCAAAACAGUUUGAUAGUAAGACAAUCAGAUCAUGUCCAGAAUGUCGUGUUCAGUCAGAUUUUGUCACACCGAGUGCGUACUGGGUCGAUACGAAGGAAGAUAAAAUCAAACUGAUCCAAGGAUACAAACAGGCUCUUGGGAAAAAGCCAUGCAAAUACUUUGACAAGGGAAGGGGUGAGUGUCCAUUCAACGAAAAAUGUUUCUACCUUCACAUGAAUCCAGACGGAACUAAAGCUGAGCCGAAUCCUCGUCGGUGACGGCAAAGACGCAAUGCCGAUGGCAGUUUGGAUUACGAGGAGCGCGUGACCUUUUGGGAUUUCUUUCAAGAGAGACAAGAGCGGCUUCAAAAUUUGCUGCUGAUGUUGGAAGAUGAUAUCGCUAGUCUCUUAAUUAACCUGAACUUUUUCUCCGAUUCUGAGGAAGAGAGUGAUGAUGAUGAUGACUUCUUAUUAUUUUGAUAAAAUAUGAAGAUAUUUCAAAAGUUUCAAUUUUCUUAAACAUUGGUUUUUCUCUAAUAUAUAUAAUUUAGAAGAUAAUUAUGCCCCCCUUCGAAGAAAGGGGUAUAUUGCUUUGCACAUGUCGGUCGGUACGUCCGUCCGUCCGUCCGUCCGUCAGUAGACCAAAGCUUGUCUGAGUGAUAACUCAACAAUUCCUGGACGUAUGGUCAUCAAACUUGACAUGAAGGUUGGGCCUGACCAGUAGAUGACCCUUAAUGAUUUUGGGGCUCAUCGGGUCAAAGGUCAAGGUCACAGUGACCUUUAAUGGUAAAAUAAUUUUAAAGCUUGUCUGAGUGAUAACUCAACAAUACCUAUGGUCUUCAAACUUAAUAUGGAAGUUGGGCCUGACCAGUAGAUGACCCCUAUUGUUUUUUGGGGUAAUCGGGCCAAAAGUCAAGGUCACAGUGACCUUGAAUGGUAAAAGUUUGUCCGAGUGAUAACUCGACAAUGCCGGCACCGAUGGCCCUCAUACUUGACUUGGAGGUUGGGCCUUACCAGUAGAUGACCCCUAUUGCUUUUGGGGGUCUUUGGGUCAAGGUCACGGUGACCUUGAAUGGUAAAAGGUUGUCCGUGUGAUAACUCUACAAUGCCUGCACCCAUGGUCCUCAAACUUGACUUGGAGUUGGGUCUGACCUGUAGAUGACCCCUUAUGAUUUUAGGGGUCAAAGGUCAAGGUCACAGUGACCUUGAACGAAAAAAGAUUGUCUGUGAUAACUUGUCAAUGCCUGCACCCAUGGCCCUCAAACUUGACAUUUAGAUUUUUGGUGACCAGCUGAUGACUCCUAUGGAUUUUGAGGUCAUAGAGUCAAAGGUCAUGGUCAUAACACACUCUAUCCUCACACUUUGAAUGGUCAUAUUCUUAAAACUGCCUCAACGGCAUCCAAUGUCAGUGACAAAUCAGCUGUCGUUUCAGUCCAUGCAUAUUUCAUUCAAUUGUCCAUAUAAUCCUGACAACAUUGUGCUCAGGGGGGAGGCAUUAUGUUUGACAAACAUCUCUUGUUUAUAUGGGUUUGUUCGUCUCAGAGCUAUUGUGAUCGACAGAUUUUUGUUCAGUUUAUCAAUCUGUCCAUUAUAUAUGUAUUGUUGAUAAUAUAUGUAGUCCUUUGAUUUUCUUUGUUAUAUAUAGCAUAAAUAGUUAAUAGCAAUCUGCAUCGUCUAGUCAUUUAUUACGUUGCAUGUUUUUUCCAAGUUAAAAGUCACGAAAUUGAAGAAGAGUAUAGUUUAUUGGACUUUACCACAUAGUUAAUCAACCAUCAACAUGAGUUUGAAUAUAUACAUUUUAAAUAGGCAUUAUCAAAUUCAAAUUUAAAUUGAAGUAAUACAUAAUAUAUUAUAUGAUUAACAAAAUCAUACAAACCAAGAAGAGUUAUCAGUAUACACAUAUACAUUUAUAUGUACAAAAUAAUAAUCAAUAUGAAAUCAUAAAGCAUAGAUAAUGGAUCAAUAUGCAUUAAUAUGCAAAAUAUGUGAAAAUAAGAAAUAUAAUAAUUAUCAAUAGAGACCUUAUCACUUUAGCUAUAUAUUCUGAAUAUAUAAAUACAUAUUAAAUACAUGAAACAUUUUAAAUGUGGAAGCAAUAGAAAAUAACUAAAACAUCUUUGGGUAAAUAAAUAAUUCGUAUUUUCAUGUCGACAGUUUAUGAAAGUCACCAAUUUUAUAAUAUCUUUUUCACAUCUAGUUAGUAUUAAAGCUGUACUCUCACAUAUAGACCAUGUUUACCACUUUUUUGAAUGAGUCCGUUUUUGAGUAAUUUUCUGAAAACCAGUGAUGUGACUGUUGACAAAAGAACGGAGUUUUAAGAAUGCUUUAUGAAAAAUAAGCUUGUCGGCAGUUUUCCAAACAAUUGAAAUACGUUCCUUUGCGAGAUAUCACAAAUGACUAAAUUAAAGGCAUUGAUACCAAAAAUCAGCCAAUUCUGAGACUAAAAUAAUAAAAUUAUAAACCAUCAAUCUGUGUGAGUGCAGCUGUAAAAUAUCAAAAAAUAAAAGUGCUUAAACUUUAAAAGCAAAAAAAAGAAAACACGAAAAAAUUAUGUUCAUAUAAAUCUAUGAUUGUUAUGAUGAAAUACAUAAAUAAUCGUUUGAAAUACAUCUAUAGAAAAAGACUGAGAGUUGUGGGCUUGUAAACAUACCAAUUCGAUGUAAGGGUUUACGUUCUAAUCUCUAAGUACACUUAGUAAAUCUUCCGAAUUAUAAAUACAAUAAUAUAAAAAGCGGCCUACGUAUUCAAUUUUGUAGCAAAACUGAAGCCACCUCUGUUAGGGACUUGGUUUAGCAAUGGUUCUUGUGUUUUAACAUUUAUUAAAUCAUAGUUUUUUUGUGAAGUCGCAUGUUUGGAGAUUGUUAUAUUACUUGUAUGUCAACGCUUUUCACGUUCAGACUGUUUUUGUGUCUCUUGAA